AGAGAGAGAGAGAGAGAGAGAGAUGCCACAGAGAGGCUAUGUUCUCAUCUUUAUUUUCUGGGCUCUGCUCGCAAUCAUCACUCCAACUCUGGUUAUAUGGUCGGCAUCUGAAAAAUCCAAUUUGGCUCCUAAAGAGGAAGGAAGCAGGGUAAUGGUGGCAAGAAGAAUGAUAAGAUCCACAGACAAAGGCUGCUUGAAGACGAACAAAACCGAAGAUGAAGGAAUGCAAGGUCCAACGCCUUCUCCGAUGCCGGUGAGAGGAAAUGAAAAGUUGAGCUGAUAGAAGUAUUUUUCUGGCCACGUUUGGUUAUGGAGCUGAAGCUUUUGGUAAAAUAUGGCCUUAGAUAUGUUUUGGUAGUCAGGCUACCAAUAUUUAUUUACAACUGUUGAAAAUAUUUAUCAGAUUUUUUGUAAUCCUUUACACUUCCAAAUUUAUUACCAAUCUACACUGAAUUCUUAUCAUUGUUUUUACAAAAGAAAAGAAUG